AUGUCCCCCUCACCCCUCACAGCAUCCCCAGAGAUCCUGACUCUUUUGAAAGAGCUACACACCAAAUCCCUAACCCAAGAAUCAACCUUGGACUGGCCCAGCCUACCCCAACAAUGCACCACCGAAUUCGACUCCAUCAUGCUGGACAAGUUCAUCGCACUCGACCAGGACAAGUGCGAACUAGUCUAUCACAUCCUGCGCAGCAUCAACGCAAAGACAGUCGUCGAGGCCGGUACCAGCUUUGGCGUUAGCACCAUCUACCUAGCGCUUGCGGUUGCAGAGAAUGCGAAGCGUGUUAGCGCUACCACUAAGCCCCAGGUCAUCGCCACGGAGAAGGAGGAGACCAAGGCUAAUUUGGCAAGAGCGCAUUGGGCCAGUGCGGGCAAGGAAGUUGAGGAUGUGAUUGAUCUUCGUGUUGGGGAUCUGCGUGAGACGCUUACUUCGGAUUUGGGGACAGUGGAUUUCUUGUUGUUGGAUAUCUGGGCGCCUCUAGCCCUCCCCGCGCUGAAGCUCGUCCAGCCUCACUUCUGUCCUGGCGCUGCGAUCGUCGUUGACAAUACGGUCAUGGCGGCUGAUAGGUAUCAGGAGCUCUUUGCGUAUGUUGAUGCCGAGGGCAGUGGGUUCCGACGGGUGACGAUGCCGUAUAAGGGGGGUUUGGAUAUGAUUGUUUAUCAGUAG